AUGGACGCCGACGCACCCAAGUUGUCCCCGCUGCGACGGCUCUCGGCGUCGGCCAAAGCCACUGCAGAGACGAUGGCGACGUCGUCGGCGGCCGCCGCCAAGUCGGCAAUGCAGUCCGUCGCCGAGGCCUCGGGCUUCCUCGCAGUGCAGGCCGUGGCGGUGGUCACCGGUCUCUCGGACAAUCAGCGCAGCAGAGUGCACCCCAUGGCGACAGAUGUGCAUGUCACCGCCUUUCCCGACCUCCCAGCGGCAAUGCGCUGCCUCGUCGCGUCGUGCAACGACAAUGACGCAGCGUUCGUCAUGACACCGCCGGCGCACGUUCCUAGCGACGUCUGCGGCGUCUGCCACGCGUCGUUUGGCUUGAAUCGCUUGUCCUAUUACUGUGGUCUCUGCGGCCACGCAUACUGCCGCGCCGAUCUCCCGACCAAAGCGCAUCUGCACCGAUUUGGCGCCGGCCUCAAGCGCGCCAAGCUCUGCGCAACCUGCGCCAAUGUACACCGGAACCGCUGCGACACCCAAGACCUCGCGUGGCGCGUCGAGCGCAUUUCGGACUUGAUGGCGGGCAAUCUGCGACCGUUCAUGGACAAGUCGCACAUCGACUCGCGUCGAGACAAAGCCAAGCGCGUCGCCGCAGGUGUCGUGGCAGUGGUCAAAGCGGUGCCCGUCGGCUUGGUAGCGUCGAGCGCCGUCGCGUCGGCCACGUACACUGUCGUGGGCGCCGACUUGAUUCGGCGUGUCGGGUGCGCCGGUCUGCUCGGGUACGUUCUCCGGCAGGACUUUGCAGCCACGUUUGCGACACUGCAGUCGGUGCUCGGGACCCUCGAGACGAUCUCGUCCAAAGACGCGGCGGGCGCCAUUUACUACACCAUGGCGGCCAACCGCGGGCGGCGCGGCCGCGAACCGUGUGCCGAGGCAGACGACCACGCCGAGUGUCAGCGCGUCUCGGACGCGGAGCUCACAAACCUCCUGCGCGACGCGCCGUUGGCGCUCCACGCUAUCUACGACGAAGACGUGCUGGGUCUGCAACGGGUGGCCAAGCUCCACGGUCUCGCACUCCUCUUCCAAUCGAUCGAGGCGUCGGCCGUGCACGAACCCGGCUACGCGCUGCUAGCUGACGUGACCGAGAAGCGCGUCCUACUCAUCGUGCGCGGGUCGCAGUCGGUGCAGGAUCUUCUCACGGACCUCGAUCUUGGCACCGUGUCGGCGGCGGCGCCCAUGCACCAAGGCAUUGCAACGGCGGCAAAAUGGCUCUACGACCAAACUGUUGGCGCUUUACGUGCACUCCGGGACGCGGGCUUUGACCAGCUGACCAUCAGCGGGCACUCGCUUGGCGGUGGCGUCGCGGCGCUGCUCGCCACCAUGGUCAUCGACGACUUGCCGUACGCCAAGGCCAUUGGCUUUGCCGUCCCCGCGUGCGCGACCCGCGACAUUGCCGACAAGUGCAGCAGCUAUGUGCAGUCGGUCGUCCUCCGCGACGACAUGAUUCCUCGUACGACAGUCGGUGCCAUCGCGCAGCUCGUUGCCGAGCUCAAUGCCGAGCCGUGGCAAGCCGCGGCGACCGAAGAUCUCUUGGCGCUCAAAGCGCGGGCCAAAGCUAUCUGGGCCCCCCGGCGACGGCACGGGGCGCGUCACGACGGCGACGCCGCAGCACCUCCAGGAGGGUCCGCGAUGCCCAUGCCAACGAUCGAGACCGACAAACUCGGCGAUAACAACGAGCUCUUUGUACCUGGGCAGAUCGUCCAUCUCUACCAUACGCACGGCGUCUACGACGCUGCGUUUGUCGACCGCGACUGCGACGCGCUCGGAAAGAUUCACAUUUUCGAAAACAUGCUCAGCGACCACCUCGGCCGCAACUACCUCGCCGCCCUCCGCAUCGUGCGCGACGCGCGCAAAGCGUCGAGUCCGCCGCCAGCGUGGGUUUGCUUCGGUACGCACACGCGCUGCAUGUGCUGCGAGGCGCCGUUCACGUGGAACUCGACGUCGCAGAGCGAAGCGCAGGCGAACCGCGACCAGCACAACUGCCGGAGCUGCGGCUGGCUGGUCUGCGACGGCUGCUCGGAGAAGCGCAAGCCGUUGCCCGAGUACGGCAUCAACACCCCGGUGCGCGUCUGUGACAAGUGCUUUUAUCACGGCUAA